UGGUUUUAAAGUGGCACAGUCCACGAACCCACUCGCUCAUGUGAAGGUCACUAGGACGUUCUUAAAGCAAAAUAAUGUCAGACAAAUUGAUAUCGAGCUCCAAUAUUUAAAUUCGAUUUCUAUUUAAAGCGACACGCUCAAGAGACCAAGAGUUAUUGAAUAAGGUGUUGCCUACAGAUAGGCUAUGUUAUUUCAAGAGAUAUAUUCAAUCGGCUUUCACGGAAACAUUGAUAUUGACUAGUUCCAGCAUACAGGACAGGGAAGUGGCACGACCAGAUCUUCUAUCAGACUAUGAUUGAUACCGUGACAAACCCUGCCCUUCUAACACGUAGGACAAAGAAGGAUACGACCACCAAGACUGAUCAACGCCUAUGACUGAAUCUAAUGUUUUGACUGCAUCCUCUUCUAUUUACAACCAACGCUCAUCCAAUAAUGCAGCCACUAUUCACGAAAGGAUGUCGACCCACGCGUCGCAAUCAAAAGUUCAAGUUCUUAUGGAACGAGCCACUCCGAGAAGUGUCUGUCCAAGUUGAUGGAAAUGUGAUAAGUGUUCAGUGACAACAUCUUGACCUGAGUUAUCAAGAUACUAUCGAGAACUGAGAUUUCCAAAGAAUACUUUCAAGUAGUCAACAAAAAAAAAAAAAAACUAUUCCGAAAGUGCAUAAAAAGUCGGAGCACGAGUGAAACAAAUAUGAGAGGCAAAACAAAAGUAGAACCAACAGCAUCGGACGACGCUGUGGGUGCAGGGAUUAAGCACAACCUCCUGGAGGUUCAGUCCCUGGAUGCCGAGGACAGCGGAUUAAGAAGCACAUCUGAGGCACAGGCUGAGCCAGCCUCAACCGAUCAAACCAUUUUGACGAGUGAGACUACGAAUAACACUAGUGACUCGGGCAAGUCGAAUACUUUGGACUUGUUCACAAGCACAAGUGAUCUAAGUAAUAGCAAUAGCUCUAAGUCCACGAGAACACUUUCGGCAUCGUCAGACUCAGCCAUGGAUAAGAAAACGAAAAGGAAAGAGUCUUCUUUACCGGAGGCACCCAAAACCAGACCAAAAAUAGUCAGUUUUUUUAAGAGGAAGCUGAGAAGAGGGAAGAGUACAAAUGCCGUGGAGGAGAUAAGCAUAAACCCACAAGACGAUAACAACUGGGCCGCCAAAAAUUUCGAUCAACCCAGAAGCGGCUCCAGCUCUCGCUCCAGCAGUGGCGGCACGGGCCACAACACGGAGAGUUCCAACCUGAUGGUCGUGUGCGAUAUGGACGCUGAAUACGACCCGGAACACAGAUGAUACACUUUCAGUUUAGUAUACACUGCCGAAGUUGUGGACAUAUCUGUACGAGAUAUACAGCCCAAGCAGAUUAAAGUUUGCUCUUCUAGUUGUCCAUGUUUGGCGUUUACUUGGGUAACCAUAAACAUUUAUAAGCAUGUUUUUAUAAAUGUGAAAAACGCCGUGGUAUUAUUUAAAGUAAACAGAUGAACAGGUAGUUUGCUGUAAAAAAAAAUGAAUAGAUGCUUCAUAUAGAGUUAUUGUAACACAUAUUGCUCAUAGUGAGAAAAUAUUCGUCUAUUUCAUUCCAUAGUGUUAUCAAUAUUGACACAAAUGAUACAGAUGAACUUAUUGGUAUUGGACGUUCCUUCAGAUCAAAAAAAAAAGUUAUUACGUCCAGACCUGCUUCAAGGUGGGUGGAUGUAAUCAUCUGAGGCUGCCCUCCUGGUUAGUCUCCAUAUAUUACCAUCAAUACCAGCACAGCCUUGCUGCCUAAUUGGUCAUAGAACAUUUGUAUAUUUACAUAUUAGAUUAUAAACUUUAACAAAAUGGUUAAAUUGGAUUCUGUACCUGUAAGUAUUGUUCAUUUUCUUUAUAUGUAUAUCAUGUUUUAGUAAAUAAAUGUUAAAAAAUAGUUUUUUUUCCCCCAAUAGAAAAAAUAGAAAAUAGAAAAGUUAAUUUCUUUGUUAGUUAAAAAUAAUAUUUGAGAUAGUGUAGCUUUUGGUGUCGAUAAAUAUCUCAUCAACUAAAUUCUGAAUCGCUUUAUUUCUAAACCACUAGUUACUAAAAAAAGCUUUUUGGUUUUCUGGGGUAUUUACAAAAACAAUAAUCAAAGACCUUACUAAGUUUACAUUGUGCACAAGUCUUUAGAUACGGUACCCACAAUAAAGCAAGUUUUAUUUUGAAAUGGAAUGAACUGUUUUAUGUAACCAUUGUGUUACUUAAGAAUCAUACAGAAUUUUUUUUCAUUAAACACAAUAUUUCAUUUUAAAAAAGGUUGUGUAAUAUUUUUAUCUAAAAAUCUUGUAACAUUUUGCUGUGUAUAUAAAACUGUAUAAAAGUUGAGCUUAUGUACAUUGUGAUAUGGUCAUUAUGAAUGAAGUUAUAAUAUCUAGGUCUUAUCAGCUCCGUCCAUUUGUAUAGCUGAGAACAUAUGUUUGAAGAUAUUGAUUUAUUCAGUGUGAAUAAUUCAUGCUGACAUGACUCGUGUGAAUAGUUGAUGCCAACACUUUUUUCUGAGAAUAGCUUAAGAUACUGGCACAUUCUGCGUGAAUACUUGAUGAUUCUAGUAAAUUCUGUCUAAGUUUAUGAUGCUUAAACAAUUUAAACUAUACAGAAGAUAUGUCAGUGUAUGUGUGGAGUUUUUCCCACUUUCAUUAAUGACUCUCUGUAUGCUUGGAUUUUUGUGUUUUACUGGAUAUGUGUUAGUAUCUUGACAUGUAUCAUCAUUAUCCAGUAUUAUAUUAUUAACAUUACUUGAUAUAUGUACAGAAAAAAAAAAAGAGAUUAAUCUCUACAUAACUAUAUGAAAGAUGUUUUACUAUAAGUUGUUUUAACAAUUAAUUCUGAAAUAUUUGGCAGUAUUAUUAUGUUUUUGAAUGCUUUCAUGUGAUAUGAAUAAGAUGAUCUAACAAUGUUAGGUGGUGAUUUUAAAAAUUUGCACUAGAAAUCCAUUGAAUUGAUGAGUUCCGUUGGAAGGGCAUGACUCACAACACGAGACAAAGUAGUAAGAAAAUGUUUUGACCUGUUUAUUUGCACACAUUUACAAUUGUAUAAUAGGAGAGAUCUUUGAUCGUAGUGUGGAAUAAAAGAACCUUUAAAAACAUAUCAACAUUUCUAUUUUACUAAAUGCACAACGCGAGUUAUUCAUUCCAAACUAUUUAAAUGAAGUAAUUAUUUUUAAUAGUUGUACUUUUAUAGAAACGCAGUAAUUAGGAUUAUUUGGAUAAUUAAAGGCCAAAUGUUAAAAUGUCAUUUAUUUUGAAGCAUUACAAAUAUUUCUUGCUUCUCAAAAAAAAAAUUUGUUUGUUACUGUUACAUAUCCUGUGGGAUUCUAUUAUAUGUAUUUGAUUUAAACUUCUUAGUUUAUUGGACAGUAGUAUUAUAUCAACAGUAUUAUAAUAUAAACAUAACAAAUACAACAUAUUAUAGUUGUGUAUGUAUAUAUAAACAUUUAUGCCACUAGGCUGUUUUUUUUUAAUACCGGUAUUAAUUUUAAAACAUUUUUAGUGUUUAGUAAACUUGUUUUUUUCUAAAUUACUUUAAUAGUUUGUUAUUUUUGUUUCUUGUGAGUACUUCUAAUGUUAACAAAGUUAUUAAACUUAUUGAGCAGUUA